AUGAGAGUCAGUGUUUUAAAAUAUGUUCUUUUUUCAAUUGUUAUUUGUUCUUUUGAAUAUGCCAAAAAUGAACUAUACUUUGUAAACUAUAGAGGGAUAUACCUUGAAAGAAAUGUAAUAAACUUUAGAAAUAAUAGGAUGUUAGCAUAUGCAGAUAGCCAAUUUGAUUUAAAUGAAUUUUAUGAAUCAACUUUGAGUCUUGCAAAUCAAUUUAAUGAUUGUAAUGAUGGUAACAAAGAAAUAACAUGCCUUAGAAAUAUUAUAGACUCACAUAUAAAGAAACAUAAAGAAAAUAAUACACUACUCGAUUUAAAUACUGUAGAUAAGAAAACUAAAAAGUUAAUCAAUGAGCUUCGAAAAGAAUUAGAAGAAGUAAAAAAAGAGAUUGAUAAUAAAAUGAAAGGUGAAUUCGCAAUACAGUCUAUAGAUGAUAAAAUAAUAAUAAAAAAAGAUGGAAAUAGUUCUGUGUCAGGACAUGAAGACUUUAAACAAUUGGAAAAUAAUGAAAAUAAUAAAAUUGCAUCAAGUAAUUAUCAUAUGAAAUCAAAAUUGAUUAAGAAAUUUAUAAAAGAAGGAAUCAAAUUUGUCCUGUCGGGGUUGGCAUUUUUAGCAGUUGUUAUUUCGGGACCAAUAACAGGGUUGGUGUACUUAAUGAUACUACUCAUACCGUCUGGAUUUUCCACAAUUUUUUUCCUUAUUAGACUCAAUAAAUUAUACAUUAAAUUCGAAAAAAUAUUAAAAUAA